UGUUUGCAGAAAAGUGUAGAGUUAUUAAGCUAUCUGCAGUCCCAGUCGUUUGUGCCUAAGUUACCUUUUCUUUUUUAUCGAGUUACGGAUGCUAGCAAUGUUCAUGCUAACAAUGUUAACAGAUUUUUGGAUAACGUUAAAACAUAAUCUUAGUUUUGUUUUGUUAAACACAUGAAUAACAGAGUUAAAUCAUUAAUAAAUGAAGCCAUUAAUUUAGUUGACAGACUUGCACCACCAUCCGUUAUUCGCAAAUGGCAUCUCUGUGGAAAACAAUUGUCUUAACUUUUCAAUAACGUUAAUCUUGUCAGACGAUUAUUGUAAAAAUGAGUUUUAACAUCCGUGCAAACUUUGCUCGAGGCUUUGCCGUUGUGUUCGAGCAUUCUGUCCCAGAAAAGUUCGAGCUGCCGAAAUGUAAUAAUCACCCUGUUUUUCGCGUAUUAAUCACACAGGAUUAAUGUUAGUUUUUAAAAUGCACGUGUAGGCCUACAAGGCAAAUAGUACCUUGAACGUUAAUUUUAUUUAUGUUGUUUACCUAUACUAUCGAUUAUGAUAGCUAUACAUAGAAAUCGAUAAGGUACUGCACUUUUGCAAUUACACAAGUCUAAAUGCUUAGACUUGUGUAAUUGCAAAAGUAAAUCUUAAUUUCUUAACAAUCAACCUUAUUUAAGUUAAAGCCUGUAUUUUUCAUGAUGUCCUUUUACUGACUAACAUCCACUUUACAGGUGGUUGAUAUCUACAAGCAGUUGGAGAUUCUAAUUUGUUUCCAUGUUUUCCAUGUUACUCUUGAGUAAAAAAAGUUAGUGUAGUUUAAAAAAUUAUGAUAAAUGAUUCAAAAUACAUGCCAUGAAUGAGACCGGCAAAUUAUUAUUUUUUAUUUACAUGACUGCAUAACCACAGUCAAUGAAUUAUAAAGGUAAAUUGUAAGUUGUAAGCGUACUUCAUAUCAGUAAGAUCAGUACAUUUAUUUAAAAUUGUUAAAAAAUGUAUUCUGACAUGAACAUUUCUUACAUUCUUUUACAGAUAUUCCAUUCCUUAUUCAAGCUAAUGCAAGAUGUGCACCCCAGCAAAGCUGCGAUUAGUUUUUGGAGAGAAUGAUGUUCGCAAAUUGGUUCUGCCCUCAGGCAUCCCCAGCACUCUCCAGGACCUUAAAAGGAUAAUACAAGAAACAUUCAAUAUUCCAGAAUGCUAUAGUUUGAUGUACGAAGACAUGGAAUUUGGGGGCCAGUUUUUCAAUUUGGACUCAGUAGAUGAUGUGCAGGAUAAAUGUACUCUGAAAGUAGUACAAACUGAACCCGUCACCCUAAAUCUAGUUGUUAUGAAUAGAUCAACUCUACCAACAGAGUCCGAUGCCAGAUCCUGCAGUUCUCAGGACACUGUUGUGCUGACUCCUGUAAGUGACACUUACCUUUCUUCUGACUCCAAAUCCACCGGCUCUCAGGACACUGUUCUUCUAUUGUCCACUGAGACUCACGCAUCAUGCCGUUCUCAAGGAUGGCCAACAAAGUUUAUAGUACCUACUUUCUCCUUUGAUACUGAGCUCUUGCUUUCAGAUGGAAACAAAGCCUACCAAAAGGACGGCACUCUCUUGAACAAUCAUAGAGUGACAAGUAGUGUCCUUGAGACACUAGCAGAGACAAUAUUUCAAUACACUGCAUAUCCGACGGGUGUCCAAAUUAUGAAUGUAGUGGAGAUGUUGAUUGAGAAGUAUCCAUGCCUCAAAGAGCCAGGGUCCUAUAAUGCACAAUAUGGAUGGCAACAAAGGAUAAAAUAUAAAAUGGGAAAUUAUCGAGCCAAAUUAAGAGGUAGCCAGCUUUCCUGCCCAGAGCUUGAGGUGAACCAAAAAAGGAAGACAAUUGAAAACCCCACUCCAAAAGGCCUCAAAAGACCUAGGAAGGCUGAAGUAAAUUACUUGCCACCAUUUCCAUUUGGGGAAACAGGAGAAAGUUUAGAGAAGGAGAGACUAGAUCUCCUUAAUGAAAUUAGGAAAAAAAACAACAAAAACAUAAUUGGUGAGAAAAUGGAGAAGACUUUCUCCUAUCGAAGAACAGAAGUAGUUAAGAACUGCCCUGCUGUUAAAGAUUUCAUGGAGAGAUGGCCAGCCCUUUUCUGUGAAUCUGAGAUCAAAAAUGAAUUCAGAAGAAUCACCACAAUUUCCUUGGAGCGUACAUUCUUGGAAAAGCUGGACUUCUAUACUCCAAAACUCCUGGCUUUGUUUGAGAUGAAGGGUGGGGUUGCUGGCAUAAGAAUUAGACAUUUGCUGGAUUCACUCAGCCAGGAAGAAGAUAGGCUUGAAGAUAGGCGAGACGUUGUGAUUCGCUGCCUCCUGUCUUUCCUGGGAGAAUCAGCUGAGGAGCUCAUUGAAGACCACCAGGAUAUCAGCAGGGAGAUGAUUAAGGAUACCUUCUCCAGUCAUGUCAUGAAAAUCAUCGUACUAAGCAGAUCUGUAGAAGAGGAAGAUGCCAGUAUGUCUGAUGUCAUCAUUGUCAUCGAGGGGACUGAGGUGCUGCUGGGAUGUAAAAAUCUCGCAAAUGCAUGUCUUUCACUCAUGGGCUGCAUUUACUCCCUAAACUUAAGCUAUCCCCCAAAGCUGAGAAACACCUUCGAAGUGUUUCAGAAAAUCUUUCUGGGACUAGAUGCGUUAAAAUUUUCGCCAAAGGUUAACUCUUUGCACAGAAAGAUUCUAAUGUAAUCUGCUAGUUGGGCACUACUUGCACUUAUUGUACUGUUUUAUUUUAUUUAUUUUUUUGCAAGAAAGGUUGUUCAGAAAACAACUUCAACUACAGUACUAGUUAAUAUAACAAUUCUUAUGCAUUUUAAGUAAUGCUAUUCUGCUGAGACCAUCGAUGCAGAGUUUUAUUAUUAUUUUAUUUUAUGUUUUUGUUCCCUUAGGUUUAAUCUUAGUGAAAUUAAAGUUAGCUAAUGAAAGGCAGCUACUAUUUGACAUUAUUUGCACUUUUACACUUUUGUAUUUGAUAUCUGCAACUGAGGUUUUUGUAAAAUGUUUAUGUUUUAUGUUUAUAGAAAGGUUUUAUAUGUUUAAAUGUUUAUACAUUUUAAUGCACUGUGUGGUUGUUCUAACAAUGUUUACUGGAGUAAAAUGCACUAUAGUGCACCAUUUACAAGACCCAUCAAACUGAUGGAGUUUUACUCUUUGUUUUAUUUCAUAUUCCCAUCUGUAAGGAAUAUCAUAGAAAUAAACGUAUUCAAGUAAAAUGUA